AUGGCCAUCCCGAACUCGUUUGUCAACGAUAUCUUCGAGCGCAUCGGUAUGCCCUCCCUCUGCUUCUUCAUCGUGGGUCUAACGUUGGCCGCAGUGUUGAGGCAGGAGGUGCACCCCGAUAAAGGCAUCUCCAAUGAGGCCAUGGCCAUCCUGAACUCGUUUGUCAACGACAUCCCCCAGCGCCUGAACUCAUUUGUCAAUGACAUCUCAGAGCGCACGACCAUCCUGAACUCGUUUGUCGACGACAUCUCAGCGCGCACGGCCAUCCUGAACUCGUUUGUCAACGACAUCUCAGCGCGCACGACCAUCCUGAACUCUUUUGUCAACGACAUCUCAGAGCGCAUGGCCAUCCUGAACUCGUUUGUCAACGACAUCCCCGAGCAUGCGGCCAUCCUGAACUCGUUUGUCAACGACAUCUCAGCGCGCACAGCCAUCCUGAACUCUUUUGUCAAUGACAUCUCAGAGCGCACGGCCAUCCUGAACUCGUUUGUCAACGAUAUCUUUGAGCGCAUCGUGUUGAGGCAGGUGCACCCUGGUACGGGUAUCUCCAACAAGGCCAUGGCCAUCCUGAACUCAUUUGUCAACGACAUUUCCUCAAGAUCGUUUGUGGUUGGUUACAAUAGAACCUAG